GAACUAGUUCGCAGGAGCGCUCUUAUGAACUAGUUCGUUCGCGAACUACACAAGACCAUAGACCAAGUAAUGUAAUACACAAGAAUAAUUUGUUGUUUGUAUUGUAAUUUGUUAUUAAGGAUAUUAUUUGUGACAAAAUGAGUGAAAUUGUGAAUUUUGUUGAUAUUUUAAUACCCAGAAGAACACAAUUCGGAAUAUUUAAAUUUAUGACAAGAUCAUUUGAUCCUAAGAAAACCUUUACCUUAGAUAAAUAUUACAUGCCGCAAGAUUUAAAAAAAGUUGUUGCUGAUUCUGUAUACAUCGACACAAUUGUAGAAAAGGAAAGUAUCAAAAAUGGAAAAUCAAAAGAGCAAUUGCGGAAAGAAGUCUUAGAUUAUUUAGAAGAGAUAGCAAUGGAUAAAAAAAUGUAUGUGAUUCGUUGGAUGGGCAUUGUUUUCCUCAAGAUAUGUUUUAUGAUGAAAAUUGGAGUAUUUGUUAAUGAACCUGCAGUAUUAAAGUUAAAAUCAACAAUGGGAAAAAAUCCAGUGCUGUUUUUGCCGACACAUCGAAGCUAUGCUGACUUCUGUCUGAUGACAUAUCUCUGCUAUCAUUACGAUAUAGAUGUGCCAGCUGUCGCUGCGGGAAUGGACUUCUACUCGAUGGCGGUGGUGGGGCGCGCCAUGCGCGAGACGGGCGCGUUCUACAUCCGCCGCUCGCUGGCGGGCGCGCCGCUGUACGCGGCCACGCUGCGCCGCUACGUGCGCGCGCUCGUGGCCCGCUCCGCCGCGCCCGUCGAGUUCUUCCUCGAGGGCACGCGCAGUCGGAGCAACAAGAGCCUCCCGCCCAAGUACGGUAUGCUGUCAAUGACGAUGAUGCCGUACUUCACGCGAGAAGUGUCAGACAUCACAGUUGUACCCGUCAAUAUAAGCUACGACCGUCUCGUUGAACAAGGACUGUUUGCGUACGAGCAUCUCGGAGUACCAAAACCUAAGGAAACCACAGGAGGUCUUUUAAAAGCUUUGCACAGGCUAAACGAUCAUUACGGAAAUAUUUAUAUAAAUCUCGGCGACCCGGUGUCCAUAAGAGAAUUUAUCGGUCGAACGAAUGCUUCGUCGGAAAUGUCGAAACCGCUCGAUUUGCAAGAGCUUACCGCUGAUGAGUUUAAGAGCAUUCAAGAUGUUGGUGAUUAUAUGGUGACAAGGCAGCAGGACUGUACUGUCGUAACGAUAUCAAACCUAAUAGCCAUCGUUUUGAUGGAGAGUCUGAUGAAGAACGAAGUGUUCAGCUUCGAACAGGUUGUGGAGAAAAUCGAAUGGCUGAUCCGGGUUUUGAGGGACCUCGGCGCUUCAGUUUUCGAGAACGAUGUCAAAGGCAGUAUUGAAAGGAUCUUGGUGGUGCAUAACAGUUUAAUGAAAUUGGAUGGCAAGAAUAACUUAAGGCUGGUUUCGAGUGCCCUGAUGAAUGUUAACUCUGAUAUUCAGAAGAAAAUGAAAGGUCACACCCUCAAGGCUGAAACCAUGGUGAAUGCCAUACCAAUAAUACAGUUACAAUUGUACGUAAAUCCUGUUCUACACUACCUGGUGCCGCCCGCUCUCGUACACGUUAUUGUUAAUAGAGGAGUUUCUACUAAAGAGGAACUGUCUGCAGAUUAUUGCAGAAUUAGAAAAAUGCUAAGACAUGAAUUUUUCCAUUUAGAGAAGACUGAAGAACAUAAAUUCAACGAAGCUCUGCAGUACUGUUUACGCAACGGGGUGGUGACGUCACAGUACGAGCGCGGUGAAAACCUCGCACUAUGUACUUUCCUGCAAAACGCCGUCUUUCCGGCGUUACGAACUCUACUGAAUUGUGUGGAAGUUAUGAUGCAGUGUAAUAACUACGAGCACAAGCAAGCGUUGAAGCUGGUUCAAGAGCGAGCAGAGUUGGGCCACAACCACCCGUACUGCUUGAGUCUGGAGGCGGCGGCCAACUGCUUACGAGGAUUAUUGCUUGCAGGGGCGCUCAGUAAACAAAACAGUGAAAAAGAAAUAGUUUAUGAAUCGGUUCCAGAGAAACUUGAAGAGUGUCGUCAGUUGAUAGCUACAGUUUUACCAGAAAUUAAAGUUGACUUUGGUAAUAACAUAGUAUUAUUUAAUCAAGAUUUAAAAGCAAAGUUGUAGAACAAAUACUGUCUCACCACUGUGGUUUAGUAUUAAAUACUUAGGUCACCUAAAAUUAUUGUAAGUAGGAUCUUAAAUUUACCGGAUUUGAGUAGGAUUACAAUAAUGCUUCCAAUAAUCAAUUUAAAUGUGAGUAAAGCGUCAAUUGUUAUAUAAAAUGUAAAAGUAUAAAUUUUAUAA